AUGAAGGGUGUUCUCAGCAGUGGUGCCGAUGGGGCAAGAAGCGAUGAGAUGCGCUGGUUUGUGGAAGGAUAACUGCAGAGACGGGGAGCGACGCGGUGUUUGAACCGUGAAAGUGGGCUGGGGUGGGAGGGGAGAAUGGGAUCGCGUUCCAAAAGGUAAGGUGGACCGCCGAGCGGCGCUGCAGCCACCGCCGCAAAUGUCGCAAGAGGAGGUAAGGGCGACUUUGCGAAACAGAAAUUCACUCCGUGGUCGUGUGGAGGCCGUUUGGGGGAGGCAGAAAUGGGAGAAUGGGUGGUGGUUCGGAAACGAAGUGGGAGCUGAGCAUGACGAUGGCGAUGUUUACGAGGACGAGAGAUGGUGCCCACCAACCAGCCAACCAACCAACCAACCAAGCCUAGCCCUUCUCCUCGGGAACAACGAGACGGUCAUGGAGAACACAAUUCACAACAGAACUUUAUUAAUAGGAAUACACGACCCGAAGCGCAAAGGGGGGGAACGCGAACUCUGGCGGUAA